UGGUGAGAAGAAGAUGGUGUUUGCAUUUUUAUGUUUUUCCAUUUGCGAACGAGAACAAGAACAACAACAUAUCGAUUGCGGCCCAUUGGGGAUCUCCGCUCUCCAAAUAUCGCAUGGGUUAUUUCCGUACUCCGAGUACAAGCAGCCGCAAAGAAAGAAAACACACAUCAAAAAACCGAACAACUUUCUGAGGCGAUGAUAACAGCCAGUCGUCCAGCCAGGCAGCCAGAAAGUCAAAGCGAUAUAGAAGCAGCAGCAGCAGACACCACAUUCACAGCGAGCAGGCCAGCAGGCAAGCAAAAGUGAACAAGCAGCAAUCCCAACGAAUCCAACCAGACCAGACCAGACGACCCACCAAGCAGUCAAACUGCAAACAGCCAGUUCACUUUAGGCAGUCGCAAGGAACGGUUGGUUGUUGGUUAUUUCUAGAAACUAGAAAUUAAAAAAAAAAAAAGUAAACACACACACAGACAUACAAACGAAGCACGCAGACGAGAAAGGGGGCUGCAACACAAUUAACAACUUUUUAUUUUAAUCGCUUAAUUCAACCCAUAAAGGUAAAUAAUAUCAAUUACAACAACAACAAAAACAAGUAACCAGAUAUCCCCAACAACAACAACAAAAAGUUGUCAACAAAUAAACAGCGCAGCAGCCGCAUUCAUUCAUACAGCAUUUACUCACUGAAAAAGAUUAAAUGGCCGCAACACAACAGAAUCAUCGGAAUGUUACGGUUGCCGAUGAACCAGCAGCCUCCGACAGUUUGGUAGCAAAGACCACCAACAAUCAUCAGUCGCAGGAUGGCAAGGAACAAUUCGAAGAUGUCGACAAUGCAACGGCAGCUGUGGUCGUGCCACCCGACAGUGGCUGGGCCUGGGUGGUCAUGGUGGCAUCUUUCCUCUGCUGCACUAUCAUUGAUGGUAUUGUCUUCUGUUCCGGCUUCAUUCAGGAUGAUUUGAUCAAGGAAUUCAAUGUCAGCAAGUUCUAUGUAUCCUUUGUGUCCUCGCUGCUGAGUGGUUGCUAUUUGAUGGCUGGUCCAUUUGUAAGUGCCAUGGCCAAUCGUUUUGGUUUCCGGCCGGUAACUAUUGCUGGUGCUCUAUUUGCAGCUGUCUGCUUUGUGGCCUCCAGUUAUGUGAACAGCAUUGAACUGUUGAUGGUGGUCUACGGUGUGUUGGGUGGCAUUGGCUUUUGUAUGGUCUAUAUCCCGGCUGUGGUCAUCAUUGGUUUCUAUUUUGAAAAGUGGAGAGCCCUGGCCACCGGUAUUGCCAUGUGCGGCUCCGGUGUGGGUACCUUUGUCUUUGCACCCCUCUCGAAUUACCUGUUGAAGAACUAUGACUGGAGAACCAUGUUACAGGUCCAAGGUUUGAUUAUUGUGGCCUGUGCCAUCAUUGGCAUUGCCUUUAGACCCAUCCAACCUCUGACCUUGGCUGUCACCGAGAAUGGUGUCGAAGAGGACAACAAGAAUAAGGCCAAUGGCCAUGGCAACUCGGUGGCGCCCAAACCUCAAUUCGCCACCAAUGCCUUUAGCAAACCUUUGCCCGAAGGACGUUUUGCCUACUCCAUGCCAAACUCCGCCCACAAUACCUACAUGGGUGCCUCACCCAAACAUCACUAUCCCACAGCUGCUGAGGUCUUCAAGGGUGCCAACUUGGAACGCCGCCUUUCGGGAGCCUCAGGCAAGGGUACCGAAAUGAAAAAUCUACGCAAAUCUCAACCCACAACACCCAACGGCGAACAACAACAAAUGACCUUUAAUCUCCACAAGGAACUCACCACCGUGGGUGAAAAUGAAGAAGAAACCGAAAAUGAGAACUUGUUGGUUACCGAAGCCAAGCCUACAAUUGUCCAGGCCCGUCGCCACACCGUCUCCGGCAGACGUCCGCAAAACAUUGGUAGCCGCAGCAAUGUUGGUUCCCAGGAUGGUGUCAACAACACCGUCACCCGGCCCAUGUAUCGUGAUGAUGCCUUCUUCACCGGUUCCCUUACCCGCAUCCCACAAUAUCAAUCCCAAUCCUCGCUGGCCUAUCACAUGUCUGUCACCCGCCUGCCCACCAAACAAGAUGAGUUGGAAGAACGUGAAAGUGGUUGCCAUUUGUGUCCCGAAGCUGUGCGCCGUACCCUCUCCACGAUGUUGGAUGUAACCCUUCUGAAGUCACCCUCCUUCAUGUGUUUGGCCUUUUCCGGUUUCCUCACCAUGAUGGGUUUCUUUGUACCCUUCACUUUCCUGAAGCCACGUGCCGUUGAAGGUGGCAUGGACGAUAGCGCUGCCCUGCAGGUGGUCUCUGCCAUUGGUUAUUUCAAUACAAUUGCUAGGAUAUUCUGUGGUUCGAUCACCUCCUUCCCCAGCGUCAAGCCAUUGUGGUUGAACAACAUUGCCAUCACAGCCGGUGGUAUUGCCACAAUUUGCAGUGGUUUCUACAUCAGCACCGGUACCCAAUGGACAUUUGCUGUACUGUUCGGUUUCUGUAUUGCCUGUUUCUCGGCCCUGAGAUCGUUGAUUGCUGUCGAAAUGAUUGGCUUGGAAAAGUUGACGAAUGCCUUUGGUUUCCUUAUGUUGUUCCAGGGUAUUGCCGCGACAAUUGGUAGUCCCAUUGCAGGUGCCUUAUACGAUGCAACUAAGGAUUACAAUGCCUGUUUCUAUUUCGCUGGUGGUCUGAUCUUGCUUUCGGCCUUCCUCUGCUAUCCAUUGCCAGCGGUGGCCAGAUGGGAGAACAAACGUAACGAAAAGAAGAAUGCACUGCCUCAAGCUUAAAGAUCCCGCUACGUUUUUAGUUCUCAUUAAAACCAUCAAACACACACACAUACAUACGUACACAAAAAUACAUCAACAUUAAGCUUCGUCCUCCGCAAAUUGAUCCAUUGUAUAUUUCAAGCCGACAAAAUAAAGGAAGUACAAAAGUAAUAACAAAACAGAAAUAACGCGCCUUCCUUUCAACGAAUAUACCUAGAAUGAAACAAAAACAAAAAAAAUGAUAAACCGUCUUCCAGGCCCUAGGGAAAAUUGUGGACAAUCAAUCAAAAGUAAAAGGAAAAUCCCAAGAAAUUAAAACUUCCUUAAAAACAAAAAAAUAUAUUGGAAAUCUAACAAGAAGAAGAGUAAGAAAAAAACAAAACGAAACCAAGUGAAUUAACAACAAAUCCAUUCGAUGUUCCUAGAGCAAUGCAAGGAAUUUUGAAAGGUUGUAGUUUUUAAGUUGGAAUUGGAAAAAUGGGUUUUAAAAACUCCUUUUUUUCUGUAACUUGCUUGUUUGUUUGUUUCCUUGGUGUUUAUUAUUAGGAAAGUUUCUUGCAUUUUCUUGUUAAAAAAACUAAUGUUUUCAUUUUUAUUUUUUUAUUAUUUUUAAUUUUUAUUAUUACCUAUUAAUAUUUUUUUAUAUAUAUAAAUAAUUAAUUAUCAGUCAGAACCCAAAUAUAACUGCUGUUGCAUUGAGUUUUUUUUAAAUAAUUUUGUGUAAACUUUAAGCUUUUAAAUACAUAGAUAGAAACUUGCCUCAUCAUAAUUUGUUUUAGAGAAGAAGAAAAGAGAAAUAAAAGAAAAAAAGAAAAGGGUGAUCAAAUGAGA